GUUAAAGCCCCAACGUUGAAUGUGCCGCCUAGCCUGCGUAGGCAUCGCUACGCGAUCUUAAUAGACGUCCUGGUCACAAUUGAACGGCCCGUCAUCGCUUCGGCGCGCUCGCUGACUGCAUCGCUCGGUGCCACUCACGCUGCUUGCUGCAGCAGCCUGCCAGUCGCCGCAUCGAUGCGGCGCGCCGUCUUCUCCGUAGCUGCAGCAGCACACUCGGCGCUCUCCAUCAAUGUGCCACGAGCCAAGGGCGGCGCACAAGUAGUUGGGCCGAAAAUAGCGCAGCAGUUGGAAGCGCAGCUCGGCUACUGCCCGCUCAACGCCCUCGACGUCGUGACGACGACGGACGACGCGCCAGCCGUCGUGAUCGCCCAUCCGCUCCUGCACCGCAAAAAGAAAGUGGAGCCCUUCCCGACGACCUACUGGCUGGCGCACGGCGACAUCGCAGCAGCCGUAGCGACGGUGGAGCGAGACGGCGGCGUGAGCGCAGCGGGGGCCGCGGUCGAUAGUGACGCGAUGGCGAGGGCGCACGCGGCCUACGCGGCGGACCGCUGGGCUUUGCUAGACGAUGAGGAACGCGCGUUCGUCCAGGACCGCGGCUGGGACUCGUUGAGGACCGUGGGCGUCGCGGGCAUCCGCGACGGCGGCACGAAGUGCUUGCAUGCACAUUAUGCGCACUUCCUCGCGACGCGCGCGAACCCGGUCGGCGAGUGGGUCCACGAGCGGCUCCCCGAGGCCAUCCGGGCGCUCUGUCCAGACUAAUCUGUGAAUUGUUA